AUGGCCCAUGGAGUCCAGCAGCCGCUGGCCCGGAUGUUAGAGUGUAUGAACAAGGAGCAGCUGAGGGAGUUCCUGCUGCGGCUGCCUGAUAAGCAUCUCUGCCAGCACUCUCCUGGGGCGACCCCAGUGCAACCAGAGGAGGUGGGUGGCAUGGAGGUGGCCUCACACCUUGUGGCUCAGUACGGGGAGCAGCAGGCCUGGGACCUUGCUCUGCAGACCUGGGAGCAGAUGGGCUUGAGCGAGCUGUGUGCCCGAGCCCAGAAAGAGCCAGCUAUGAAGUCAGGAGUCAAAGAAAAAUACCAGAACCAAAGGAGAGAGAGUUCCUGCCCCACACAGUCAUGGAGAAAUGAGUAUUUGCACCAAAAAUUCACACAACUGCUACUUCGACACAGAUCUCAACCCAGAGGCUAUGACUUCCUGCUCAGGAGAAGAAAUCAUGAGGUGGUAGAUGAACAAGGACAGUUGAUGGAGAUUGGAGACUUAUUUGGCCCAGGCCUGAGUACCCAGGAGGAGCCUCCCACUGUCGUGGUGCAUGGCGUUGCUGGAAUCGGGAAGUCAACCCUGGCCAGGCAGGUGAGGAGAGCCUGGGAGGAAGGCUGGCUGUUCAAGGACCUCUUCAAGCAUGUCUUCUACUUCAACUGCAGAGAGCUGGCCCAGUCCGAGACCAUGAGUCUCGCUGAGCUCAUCACAAAAGACUGGGCUGCUCCUGAUGCUCCCAUUGGGCAGAUCCUGUCUCAGCCAGAGCAGCUGCUCUUCAUUCUUGAUAACUUAGAUGAACCAAAAUGGGACUUGAAGGAGCAGAGUUCUGAGCUCUGUCCACACUGGAGCCAGCAGCAGCAGGUGCACACACUGCUGGGCAGUUUGCUGAAGAAAACCUUACUUCCCACGGCUUCCCUGCUGAUCACAGCUCGGAUCACAGCUCUGUGGAGGCUCAAAACUUCUUUAAAGCAUCCUCGCUGGGUAGAGGUCCUAGGAUUCUCUGACUCAGCCAGGAAGGAGUAUUUCUACAAAUAUUUCACAGAUAGGAGGCAAGCAAUAAGAGCCUUUACCUCGGUUGAAUCCAACCCGGCUCUCUUCACCAUGUGUCUCAUGCCCUUGGUGUCCUGGCUGGUCUGCACUUGCCUGAAGCAGCAGAUGGAGCAGGAGCAACCACUCUCACUGACCUCCCAGACGACCACAGCCCUCUGUCUGCACUACUUUUUCCAUGUUCUCCAGGCUCAGUCCCUCGCGACUAAGCUGAGGGGCUUCUGCUCUCUGGCUGCUGAAGGCACCUGCCAAGGAAAGACUCUGUUCAGCCCCGAGGACUUCAGGAAACACGGGUUAGAUGGGGCCAACAUCUCCACUCUCUUAAACAUGGGUGUUCUUCAAGAGCACCCCACCCCUCGGAGCUACAGCUUCAUUCACCUGUGCUUCCAGGAGUUCUUUGCAGCAAUCUCCUAUGCUUUAGGCGAUAGAGUGUUGAAAAGUGGUCGCUUUAAUAACAUCAAAAUUAUAACAGACUUGACAGGUGUAUAUGACAGGCAUGACCUAUUUGGGGAACCAACCACGUGUUUCCUGUUUGGCCUUUUGAGUGAUCAGGGGAUGAGAGAGAUGGAGAGCAUCUUCAAAUGCAGCCUGUCUCGGGAGAGACUUUUCUCUCUGCUGCGCUUGGCCCGGAGGGAGGUCCUUUUGAAGCAAGUGAACCUAGACACAUAUUUUUGGCAUUUGCUGCACUGUUUUUAUGAGAUUCAGGAUGAAAACUUUAUGAAAAAUAUUUACACUUUCAAUAAAAUGAGGAUAUGUGUCCAAACUGACAUGGAGCUUCUUCUGUUCACAUUCUUCUUUACAUUCUGCCACCACAUUGAAAGGCUUCAACUGAUUGAGGGUGGACAGCACAGACAAGCAAGAAGGACUUCCGGUGCAUUUCUGUACAGCUGGGGCUUGUUUACAGAUUCCUGGUGGAAGAUGUUCUUCUCUAUUCUCAAAGUCUCUGGAAGCCUGCGGGAGCUGGACCUGAGUGGGAACUCUCUGAGCUGCUCUGCAGUACAGAGUCUUUGUGACGCCCUGAAAAGCCCUCACUGCCACCUGGCAACCUUGAGGCUGGUCAGCUGUGGCCUCAGAAACAACUGCUGCAAGGACCUGGCCUCCAUGCUGGGUGCCAGCCCCAGCCUGAGAGAGUUGGACUUGCGGCACAACGAGCUGGGUGACCGUGGCAUGAAGCUGCUCUGCGAAGGGCUCAGGCAGCCUGCCUGCCAACUCAAGCACCUGGGGCUGGACCAGACUCGGCUGAGUAAGAAGGUGCAAAAGAAGCUGAGGGUCCUGCAGCAGGAGAAGCCUCAGCUGGUCAUCAGCAGCAGAUGGCUGGCCAUGUCUCCCAGUAAUGAGGAGGUGACAGAGAUGGAGGACACCCAAAUGCAUAUGAUACAUGAUCUGAUCAGUGAGCUGUUAACCGACGAUUGGAAUUCAAGUGAAACAAUCACUAAGAUGGUCCCAGGUGGAGGACAGACGAGUGAUGGCACAUCUUCACCCCAAUGGCAGAGAUCAGAAUCAGAGGAGAGCUCCCCUCAAGUAUUACAGAAACCCUACUGUCUGUCAUCUCAUGAACCUCUGGGGAACCAACCAGUGGAAACUCUAAUGAUGGAUGAUGACUUCUGGGGACCCACAGGACCUGUGGCUACAGAGAUGGUUGACAAACACAGGAAUCUGUACCGAGUUCACUUCCCUGUGGCUGGUUCCUACCACUGGCCCAACGUGGGUCUCCACUUUGUGGUGACAGAGCCAGUGACCAUUGAGAUUGAAUUCUGUGCUUGGGACCAGUUCCUGGACCAGAUUGUCCCACAGCACAGCUGGAUGGUCGCAGGGCCUCUUUUUGACAUCAAGGCUGAACCAGGAGCUGUGGCAGCUGUGUACCUCCCUCACUUUAUAGACCUCCAAGGGCAACAUGUGGACAUAUCCUGGUUCCAAGUGGCCCACAUUAAAGAGGAUGGGAUACUCAUGGAGAAGCCAGCCCGUGUGGAGCCACAUUACGUAGUCCUGGAGAACCCUAGCUUCUCCCCCAUGGGCAUUCUACUGAGAAUGAUCCACACAGCCCUGGGCAUUCCUGUCAUCUCCAACGUGUUGCUCUACUGUCACUUUCAAUCCGAGGAAGUCAACUUCCAUCUCUACCUAAUCCCCAGCGACUGCACCAUUCGAAAGGCCAUAGAUGAUGAAGAAAAGAAGUUCCAGUUUUUUCGAAUUCGCAAGCCGCCCCCGCUGACACCACUCUACUUGGGCUCCCGAUAUACUGUGUCUGGUUCAGACAAGUUGGAAAUAAUCCCUAAGGAACUGGAGCUCUGCUAUCGAAGCCCUGGGAAAGCCCAGCUCUUCUCUGAGUUCUAUGUUGGUCAUUUUGUGUCGGGGAUCCGGCUGCAGAUUAAAAGCAAAGAUGAUGAGACUGUGGUAUGGGAGGCCUUGGUGAAAUCAGGAGACCUCAGACCUGCAGCUCCCCUGAUCUCUCAAGCCCUGACAGAUGCCCCUACUUUGCUGCACUUUGUGGAACAGCAUCGAGAAGACCUGGUGGCUCGAGUGACAUCAGUAGACAUAGUCCUGGACAAGCUGCAUGGACAGGUGCUGAGCGAGGAGCAGUAUGAGAGGGUGCGGGCUGAGCCCACCAACGGACAAGAUCUGGUGGCUCGAGUGACAUCAGUAGACAUAGUCCUGGACAAGCUGCAUGGACAGGUGCUGAGCGAGGAGCAGUAUGAGAGGGUGCGGGCUGAGCCCACCAAUCCGGACAAGAUGAGGAAGCUGUUCAGCUUCAGCAAGUCCUGGGACUGGGCCUGCAAAGAUCAACUCUACCGAGCCCUGAAGGAGACCCAUCCUCACCUAACUGAGGAACUCUUGGAGAAGUGA